CGGACGGAAGAGGGUGGAGAGCUGUGUGCACUCACGAGGAGUGAUAGUACACAACCGCACACUGAGCCAUCCCGACACGCAAGUUAAUAUUAAACAUUUCAGGUUGAAGGAUAAGGAUGUCAGUGGCCGGACUGAAGAAACAGUUUCACAAAGCCAGUCAGUUACUAAAGGAAAAGAUCAAUGGGGUUGAAGGGACAAAGCUGGAUGAAGAAUUCCUCAAUAUGGAAAGGAAAACGGAUAUUACUCACAAAUUGAUUCUUGACCUUGUUCCGAAAACAAUAGGAUAUCUUCAGCCAAACCCAGCCUACAGAGCAAAACUCAGCAUGCUCAACACAGUCUCUAGAAUACGCGGGCAGAUGAAGGCUGUCGGUUAUCCACAGACUGAGGGCAUUCUUGGAGAUUGUAUGCUCCGCUAUGGCAGUGAGCUUGGAGUUGAGUCUGGUUUUGGUUUUGCUCUGAUUGAAAUGGGAGAGGCAUUGAAACAAGUAGCCCAGGCAAGAGACUGUAUGGAUGUCCGAGUGAAGCAAACCUUCAUUGAUCCUCUGCAGUCACUACAGGACAAAGAACUGAAGGAAAUUGGGUACCAUUUAAGAAAACUUGAAGGCCGUCGUCUAGAUUUUGAUUACAAGAAGAGGCGUAAAGGCAAGAUCGCAGACUCUGAGAUAAAGAAGGCAUUUGAGAAGUUUGAAGAAUCCAAAGAUCUGGCUGAGAGAAGCAUGUUUAACCUCUUAGAAAAAGAUGCAGAACGGAUGCAGUAUCUCUCAGGUCUUACAGAAGCAGUAAUAGACUACCACCGCCAGUCAUGCCAGAUUCUAGAACAUCUCAGGAGCAAUUUGCAGACCAGGAUAACAGAUGCAAGCAAUCGACCCAAGAGGGUAUUUGCAUCAAAAUCAGUUGCAAGCACAAUGUGCUACACGGAUAUUUAUGGUUUUUCCACUUGCUCUUCCGGACAGUCAUCAGCUACUGAGGUUACUGAAGCUUUGAGUGAAAAAUAUGCUCCUGUUGUUAUUCACCCCCCUGACAAGGAAGCCAUGAAAACCCAAACUUCAGUGAAUCCAGUCAGCAACUAUGACAGUGGUUCCCCAUUGGAUCAGCCUUGCUGUCGGGCACUUUACAAUUUCCAGCCAGAAAACCAGAGAGAGCUGGGCUUUAAGGAAGGUGACAUCAUCAUUCUGACCAGCCAGAUAGAUGAGAACUGGUAUGAGGGUAUGCUCAGAGGGGAGUCUGGCUUCUUUCCCUUGAACUAUGUCAAAGUCCUUGUACCUCUGCCACAAUGACAGCAGGUUGACAUUGCAGCUGGACAGCAUGAACUAUUCCUGGUUUCAGAGAUUCAGAAACUUUAAUUAUUUGAUGAAGUUUAAUGAAGAAUAUUUAAGCUCUUGCUGUAUUAUCUACGUAUGUUAUCACUAUGCAAAGUCAUGUACCUAAACCUUGUAUUCCUCUAUUUCAUUAUUUUUUUUUUUACAAAUAUCUAAAUGCAAUGUACAUUGGAGCGCUGCUAUAUUAAAUGUUUAUCAUAAAUAUCCUCGAUAUGUUCACACACAUGAAUGUUGCUAUGAACCUGCCUGUGUUUAUUUUUUUACUUUUUAUUUAAUAGCACUUGAAAACUUUGAACAUAUUCCUUCUCAGGAGUGCUUACCAUUGCCUUGUAUUUCUUUUUACUUCUUUAAUGUUUUAAAUAAAUCCCAAGAUGUAGUAUACACUAAAGCUGUAUUAUAGCAAUACUGGGUGAUUCUCACAAAACCUGUCAAAAAAUAUCCUAAAACAAUACAAAAAGAUUAUGAAAUUACAUUUUGCAUAAAGAAAAUGAAGCCUACAUUUAGGGACAUUUUUUGUGACAUUAUUUCCAGGACACUCUCUAGUUCUCAUUAACAUGUCCAGAAGUUUUACUUUUACUAUUCCCAUUGUAUUCAAUGAUGAUUCUCAUAACACCGUCAUUAGUCACAGUCAGUAAAAUAAUUGAAAAUUAAAUACUUUACAGAUUAAAAUAUAUAUAUUUUUUUAUUAUUAUUGCGGUAAUGAGAAUAUCACUAUGACCAUCUUUUUUUCUGCAUUGUGGUAAUGAGAAUUGGAGUGUAAAAUUUACAGAAGUGUCAUGAAAAUAAUGUCAGAAUGUAAAAUAAUAAUAAUAAUAAUAAUAAUAAUCUCAAUGGCCCCAAAAAUAGGCUUCAUUUUCAAUAGGCAAAAUAUUUUUAUAUUUAUUUCUAUUGGUUUUGGAGUAAAGAAGAACUAGGAGAUUUUCUUGACAAGUUUCGUGAUAAACACUACUAUCUUUAAAGCAUAGCAUCACAUAACCAGGGGUUCAAUUAAGAUUUUUGUGGAGGGACCUUUCCUACUCAAUUUAAAGGGAUAGUUCAACCAAAAAAAAAAGACAAUUCUGUCAUUUACGCACCCUCAUGCCAUCCCAGAUGUGUAUGACAUUUUUCUUUUGCUGAACACAAACAAGGAUUUUUAGAAGAAGCUCUGUAGCACCUUACAAUUCUAGUGAAUUUUGACCAAAACUUUGAAGCUCCAAAAAUCAAAUAAAGGCAGCAUAAAAGGAAUCCAUAUGACUUCAAUUGUUUAAUGUGUGUCUUCUGAAGCGAUGCAAUCCAUUGGAUGAGAAACAGAUCAAUAUUUAAAUCAUUUGUUUUUACUAUAAAUCUCCAUUUCACAUUUUUUAAAAGCGAAAGUGGAGAUUUAUAGUAAAAAAGGACUUACAUAUUGAUCCGUUUCUCACCCACACCUAAUCAUAUCGCUUGUAAAGACAUAGAUUUAACAACUGGAGUCAUAUGGAUUACUUUUAUGCUGCCUUUAUGUGCUUUUUGGAGCUUCACAAUUUUGGUCACUAUUCACUUGCAUUGAAUGGACUUAUAGAGCUGAGAUACUCUUCUAAAAAUCUUCGUUUGUGUUCUGCAGAAGAAAGAAAGUCACACAUCUGGGAUGGCAUGAGAGUGAGUAAAUGAUUAGAAAUUUUGGGUGCACUAUCUCUUUAACCCCAGAUCAAAACUAUCCUGUGUGUUCUCGCUAUGAAUGUUGAUCUAAAAAAUAUAAAAGUGUGGGCUAUGAACCUAUUUAAAUUUGUACCUGCAAUUUAACAGCGCUACAAACAUUUAAACGCAUAUUCUUUCUCAGGAGUACAAACUUAGACACUCAAUGAAUUGUAACUCCUCUCUUCACAUUGGCGUUGGUGUAUUUCCGAAUGUUUCUUGUUUUUUGAGCACAGCAGCACGCCGUAGUGGCGGUUCCUUACUGGAGCCACGAAUUUUUCAAACUUUGGUGAUAUGACAAAGUUUUACACUUAAAUAAAAGGACACAUUUAUUCAGUCUC